AUGAGCGACCCACGCUUCGCACGGCUGCACACAGACCCGCGCUUCGUCCGGCCAAAGGCCAGCAAGUCCAAGCUGGUCGUUGACGACCGCUUCAAGCAGCUCUUCGAGGACGACCAGCCGACUGGCAAGAAGAGCAAGUUCGCUCGCAAGGUUGACAAGUACGGCCGGCCGCUCGAGAAGGAGGCGUCGGUCAACGAACUCAAGCGUUACUAUCGCCUUGCUUCGCCCGAGGAGAAGGAGGAAGCAGGAGAGGAGGAGUCCGAGCUUGCAGAGGAGGACGACGAGGACGACGAGGACGAGGAGGAGGCGGAAGCUCCUGCCGGCGGCUUCGUCGACUACGCCCGUGGACAGGUCCUGCUCGAGUCUUCCGACGAGGAGGAGGCAGGCGCAGAAGACGAGUCGGGCGCAGAGUCGGACUCGUCGUCUGCGGCAGGAUCCGUCACUCUCGGAGGACGUAUCGCCCGUCGCCGCCAACUCUCGCGCAGCCCGUCUAUCGACCUUUCCGAAAACGAGCCGACGAGUCUGUUCCCCGACGAAGACGACGAGGCAGCCGUCACGGAUGCGGAGGAGGAGGAAGAAGACGUCGAAGCGACUCGCCGGAUUGCCCUCGUUAACCUCGACUGGGACCACCUCCGCGCCUCCGACCUCUACCGCGUCCUCGCAUCCUGCCUCUCCUCCACCGCCUCCGGCUCACAACCUCCUCCAAAGUCCCUUUCGAAGAAGGGAAAGAACAAGGCGGACGGCGAUGAUGUUGACGACAUCAAGCUCUCGGCAAAGCUGAGCAUCGCGCCUGGCCGGCUGCUCAACUUGCGCAUCUACCCCUCGCAGUUCGGCCGGGAGCGGAUGGAGCGCGAAGCGGUCGAGGGACCGCCUGUCGAUGUCUUGCGCUCGAAGGGCGCCGAGACGGACGAGGAGGACGAGGGCGUGCUCAAGCUUGGAGGGAAGAAGGGAAAGGGAAAGGGGAAGCGGAGAAAGGACGAGGACGACGAGUUUACCGAGCGGGAUCUCGUCGAUGAGCAGUUGCAGGAGGGCGAGGAUGAUUACGACACGGAGGCGUUGCGGAAGUACCAGCUCGAGCGAUACUACUACGCGAUUGCGACGUUCGACUCGGCAGCCACGGCGCAGCAUGUCUACCACCAGAUCAACGGGACGGAGUUCGAGCGGACGGCCAACAUGUUCGACUUGCAAUUCGUUCCCGACGAGACCUCCUUCGAAGACGACCCUAUCCACGACGCAGCGACCGAAGCCUCCGUCCUCGCCGAAGGGUCUUCCUACUCCGGCCUCGAUUUCCAGACCGACGCGCUGCGACACUCCAAGGUCAAGCUGACCUGGGACGCCGACGACCCCCACCGGAAGACCAAGAUCCAGACUUACCUGAACGCUGCGCUCGACAAGAGCAAGCAGAAGGGCUCGAUGAAGGGCAAAGGGCGAGUUGCGGAUGACGAUAUCGCGCAGUACCUCGCUUCGUCGUCGGAUGAGGAAGAGGAGGAAGAAGAGGGCGAGGAUGCGCACGACGACUUCUUCGAGUUCCCGGAGGAGGAUGAGGCGGAGGAGAAGGACGAGCCGGCGAUGGAGAAGAAGGACAAGAAGCUGUCCAAGCGCGAGCGAUUGCGGAGCUUGCUCGGCUUGUCGGGCGAGGGCGGGGACGCGAUGGAGAUGACAUGGGAAGGCGAGGCGCUCGGUGGCAAGAAGAAGAAGGGCGACGGCGAGAUGCAGAUCACGUUUGCGCCGGCGCUGUCGGAGCGGAGCGCGAAGCAGCUCGACCUCAUCCAGGACGAGAAGCCGGAGACGUCGCUUGAGCGGUACAAGCGCAAGGAGAAGGAGCGCAAAGAGCGGAAGAAGGCUGAGCGGAAGGCGAGGAUGGAGGGACGGCUGGGCAGCGAUGACGAGCAGCACGGCGGCGCGGCCGACUUCCAGCCUCAAGGCGACGACAAGGGCUUCGACGACGACUUCUUUGCGGAUGACGGUGAAGAUCCGUUCGCCAAGUUCGACGCCGGCGUGGAGGACAGCGGUGACGAGAUUGGCGUGUCGAAGAAGGGCAAGAAGGAUGCGACGAAGCUGUCGAAGAAGGAGCGGCGGGAGCAGCGCGAGGCGGAGGAGAAGGCGAACGCGGAGGAGCAGGCCAAGCUUGCACUUCUCGUCGGCUCGGACGACGAGGACGAUGUCUUGGGCGACGACGCGGCUGGCGAGGGCGGCCGUCAUUUCGACAUGCGCCAGAUCCUCAAGGCUGAGAAGAACAAGGGCAAGAAGCGCAAGGUCAAGGGCAAGAAGGGCAAGAAGCUCGGCGACGAGACCGAGACGGUCAAGGACGACUUCAAGCUCGACUUGGCAGACGACCGCUUCAAGAGCUUGCACGAGGACUUUGACUUUGCCAUCGACCCGUCGAACCCUCGCUUCCAGAAGUCGCGCAACAUGGAGGCCCUUCUCGCCGAAGGUCGCAAGCGUCGCUCGGACAAGCACACGAAGACUCGCGCGCCCGUCACGGCGCCGUCGGAGAACGGCUCAGUCAAGCGGAAGGGGCCCGAGUCGGGAGAGACUGGCGGCGGCGAGGAUCUCAGUCGAUUGGUGGAGGCGGUCAAGCGCAAGGCGGGAGACGCGGGCGGACGAGGGAAGAGGACGAAGACGGCCUGA